CACUCGGCAAGUCACAAACUGGAAAAGAUAAACGGAGUGGUAAAACCUGUGCUUUGCUUAGCGUAACUGCAGUCAAGCUUCAGAGUUCAGCGUUUUGCUGUUGGUGGCAUGAGCAGUUCUGUGGUGUAACCGAUGUUGUGUCUCCUGGACAAUCAUUAAUAUUCUACAAAUGCCAGAUGGACCACUUCUCUGGGGCAUUUGGAGACACCCCGAGCUUCCUCACCUAAUGGACUAGAAGUUAUUUGCACGUUGCAGUUAUUUGCCAUCAGUCUCAAGAAGAUGAAGACAAGCUGGCUAAUUAAAUACACACUGUUCGCAUUCUGCUACAUCUUCUGGGUAGCCAGUGGGCUGAUGAUAGCUGUGGGGAUCUAUGCCAAAACAGCAGUCGAGGGAGGUGCUGUGGAAUCACUAACUGCAGAUCCUGCACUGAUACUGAUGAUUGUUGGAUGCUUAAUAUUCUGCAUCACAUUUCUGGGCUGCGUUGGAGCAUUGCGUGAUAUUCAAAUUCUGCUGAAAAUAUUCCUGUGGACUCUCCUGUUCAUUCUGCUGCUUCAAGUAACAGGUGCUGUACUUGGCUUCGCAUUCGCUGAAAAGGUGGAAAUGAAGGCUGUGGCAUUACUGGAGAAAGGAAUGAUCAGAUACAGGGAUGAUCUUGACUUGCAAAAUCUUAUUGAUUACAUCCAGAAAAAGUUCAGAUGUUGCGGAGUAUUAAGUUACAAAGACUGGUCCAAAAAUGUGUACUUCAGCUGUGCAGAAACCAACCCCAGCCUCGAACGAUGUGCCGUGCCGUUUUCCUGCUGUGUGAUGGCAACUGAAGAGGUGCUGAACACCAUGUGUGGGUAUGAGACUCAGCUGCUCGAUCCUUGGGAAAACCGGAAUCAGAUCUACACUAUUGGAUGUCUGGACACUAUUGUCAAAUGGGGACAGCGGAAUCUGUAUCUGAUCGCUGGUUUAGGCCUUGGCCUGCUUUUCCUCGAGAUUCUGAUGAUCUCACUGACAGCUGCUUUGCUCAAACAAAUCCACUUCAUCAAGAAGCGAAUCACUCGUAGACCCACCACGCAUUAGCGCUCAACUCUCAAAGACUGUUCAUCUCUUCUUGUUCGGGCAUUGUCAGCAUCUGAGGAGAAGUAGCACGUCUUCUUACGAUCGCACUGAACCCUCGGCACCCCUCGCAAAUAUGGGCCUCGAAACCAGAGAGGAUCUAACAGGGCUGCACGGAAUCACCACUCUGUUUUUUUUGUAAUGGGAUUGAUUUACAGAAAAAAUAUUUUACGCUUGCUAAGAGCUAUUUUGGAAUAUAGCUCCAGGGAAUGGUGUUCAAUUACUUUAUCAUUUGGCUGUUCUUAGCUGACUGGCCUGUACGGUUUGACCAUGUGGCUGAGACAAAAUAGCUCAGCUUAGCCUACUGGAGAUAUCGUACACACCAACAACUCCCCAGGAGAGAGCCUAAGAUCAGGAACUGUGGGGAGUUUCAAUCAGCACACAGACCACCUGUAUCACUUGCCUUGCUGCUGGCUGUAAAUAGCGUAUCAAACCUGAGACCUCACCCACCUGGUCUACUUCUUCCCAGCUUCCUGGGCUGAGUGAAACAUCAUCUAUUCCUUAUCCCCAGAGAUGCUGGCUGACCCCCUGAGUUACUCCAGCAUUUUGUGUUUGCCUUUUUGACUAAGCCAUCUACCUGGGACGCCACUUUCAAGGAACUAUUUACCUGCAUUCCCAGAUCCCUCUGCUCUACAACACUCCCAGGACCCAGAUUAGACUUCCCAAAAUGCAACACCUUGCACUAAUCUGCAUUAAACUCCAUUAAUCUUUCCUAAACCCACUUGCUCAGCUGAUCAAGAUCUUACUGUACUGUUUGAUAACUGUCUUCGCUAUCUACAAUACCUACAUUAGUGUCAUCUGCAAUCUUACUAAUCGUGCCUUCUUCAUUUGCAUCCAAUUGUUGAUAUAAACCACAAACAGUAAUGGGCCUAUCUUGGUUCCUUGGGGCACACCACUGGUUACAGGCCUUCAGUCCAAAAAACAACCUUCCACUAUCAUCUUCCUUCCAUGAAGUAAUUCUCUAUCCAGUCAGCUAGCUCUCCCUGGAUCUCAUGUGAACUAAUCUUCCAGAGCAGCCCACCAUGUGAAAUCUUAUGCCUUACUAAAGUCCAUAUAGAGAAUGUCUACGGCUUUACCCUCAUCAACCUUUUUGGUUACUUCUUGAAAAAACUCAGAUUCAUAAGAUAUAAUUUCCCAAAUAUAAAACAAUGUUGACUAUCCUUAAUCAGCCCCUGUCUAUCCAAAUGCAUAUAUAUCUUAUCCCUCAGAAUACUUUCCAAUAGCUUGUCUACCACAGACGUUAGGCUCACUGAUCUAUAGUUGACAGGUUUUUUCCGUACAGCCCUUCUUAAAUAGGCAGAAAAUUAGCCAUCCUCCAGUCUUCCAGCACCUCACCCUUAUCUAAUGAUGAUUCAUAUAUCUCAGCCAGGCCACCUGCAUUAGGAGGAACUGUUGUGGAACCUUAUUGAGAUGCUGCACUCAACCAAGGUGUGCUGUUGGUGGAGGGUUUAGGGUGUAGGUCGAGCCACCAAUCAUGUGACUGAUGGUUCUAGGAAACAUCAAGCUUCUUUUAGCUCGAGACCUUGGUUGGAGGUAAACUUAUUCGAGCAAGGAGGCAGGUUUAUCACAUUCCUAGCUUGUGCCUUGUGGCUGGUGUCAAGUGAGUCACUCACCAGGUGUUACCCAGCCUCUGACUCACAGUCAUAUGUGGCUGAAGCGGCUGAGUUACAAGUCAUGUUGAGUUUAAAGUCAUAUGUAUAAGUAAGGUGUACUUUCUGUCCGAUGUUGCUGGUUAGGGCCUCGGUGAUGAUAGUGGGUUUGAAUGCCAAGAGAGGUUUGACAAGCUUUCUCUUGGUGUUGGCCUUUGACUUGCCCUUAUAUCUAUAGCAUUUCUGCCCAUCACAGUGAUAUGGUAGCAGUGCAGUGGUUAAGUUACUUCAUGUGGUCGAGGACUUAGUGCCUGCAGAUGUGGACAGCUUCAUUUGCUGAGGAAUUGUAAAUGGGUUGGAACAUUGUGCAAUCAUCAGCGAUCAUCCCCACUUAUUGAUGAAGCAACUGGAGAUGGUUAUAGCAAAGGCUCAGCCCUGAGGUACUCCAGCUAUUACAUCCUGGCACUGAAGUGAUUGGCCUUGAAUAACCACAACAGUCAUUGUUCUUUACCCGUUCUUGUGUAAGACCAAAUACUGUAUACUAUAGUAUCUUUGAGUAAGACUAUGGUGACUCGUUUAUAGAGAGGUGAGUUGGGCGAUCAGACCAAUCUGGGCUUGAAUGUUCCUUCCACACAAAAGGCAGAGGUGGGAUGGUGCUGCAGCUUCAGUGGUUCUUGAUUCACUUUUCCUAUUUGUCUCCUCUAAUCUACAGUAGCUUCCUCGUAUGAGUGAGCACCACUUUUUAUGCGGGCACGUCACAAACAGGACGAUCCAAUACUUGUUGUUCCCAGUGGUGUGUGCCAAUGUUGAAACUCUUCAGGGAUAUUCUAAGAGAGUCUUUGAAUCUCUAUCGGUCCACCACACGAUGGUCUACCCGCAGUCAGCUCUCCGUGAAGUAGCUGCUUUGGUGUUCCCUCAUCAUUCAUUCUUCUGCCACGCCUUGCCCACCUGAGCAGUGAUUCAGCAAUGUGUAGAUGUUGGGAGAUUUGGCUGGGACAGAACCUGUAUCUGGAAUGUUGUCUUGCCACUUGAUGUGAAGUAUUCUCCACAGACAUGUCACGUGGAAGUGGUUAAGCUGUCUGGCAUGUCUGCUGUAUACGUUCGUGUCUUGCAAGCAUGGACCAAGGCUCUCAGUAGUGGAUAAAUUCACGUGUAGAGGGAAUAAAGUUAGAAGUCAGAAGUCAUGAUAUCCAGUAGAUAGUGAGUUAAAUUGGUACAUGCAGAGCAACAUGUACAUAUAGACAAAUUUGUUAUUUUUACCUUUCCCCUCCUAAAACUGCUGAUAAGACCUGAGCGAUUGUAACGGUAAGGUGUUAGUGUGGACGAUGUAUAAAGGAGGCAGCUUUGUUAUGAGUCUUUGGUACUUCUCCUUGGUCUGGGAUCCAGAAGGGUACCAGGUCAUCGGAGUUCUCCAGACCUGCUAUCACAAGCCAGAGUCUCCAAAGGAUAGAUGGCCGUGGGACUUGAUGCUACCAGCCAUUGCUCAUAUCAGUGGAAACACAAUGGGCAGAAGGGCAUGAGAUUUGUUGCUUUAUUAUUUCUCUAUUUCAUGUAUUACAUAUUGGCUCCUUUAUUAAUUAUUUUCCUGUAUUUUACAAUAAUAAACAGUCAUUUGUAACUUU